GAUCGUUCGUUGUCAGUUCGCUUCAGCGUCUUCCAGCGAUCGGUCGAAUCGCUUUAUUUCACCGGGUACUGUACCAACUUCUCAACCGUUUCGCGCAGAAAGUGUAGGCCAACACCACCGGGGCCCGAAGAAAGCAGUGGGCUGCAGUGCCUUGCCAUAACUGUUCCGCGUUCCGAAUCUUGUCUUUCUUUUCCCGGCCGCUACUGACUGGUCGUCUUCUGUGAGAGCGCGCGUCGUGCACAUUGCUGCGGUUGGCUGACUGUUGAUUUUAUUGAUUCGAAGACGUAUAGAAAAGGUGCUGCCGGUCUCGAAUGGCGAGUUGAAGAAAAAGAAAGUUACCCCAAAGCUGGCCCAAUCCAAGAGUGGUGUUUGUGGUGCUGGUUGCGUUGGCAUCUAUCUCGUGGCAAGCUUGAUCUAAAGAAGGGCUGCUAAAGCCAGAUUUGUCAGUGAAGAAAGUGAAUUUGGUGCUUUUCGUAGGAAUAUUUCUGCAAUAGUGGAUGCACGUGUUAGAAAGUUGCUGAUAAAAUAAGCAAACAAAACGUAUCAAAAAAUGGCACUUCAGAUGAACGAUAUGCUGUACGAAAAUCCAUUGGAUCACUUUCUGACGCUGUUUGUGGAUUUCUUCAUAUUCUUCUUCAAAUCGAUUUACUAUACUUUGGAAACCUGCGUGCUGACCUGUAUUCCAUAUAGAUUCCGGAAAGUGAAGGAUGUCUCCGGCCAAGUGGUAUUGAUCACCGGUGGAGGCGGCGGAGUCGGCCGAAUUUUGGCGCUCAAUUUCGCGAAACUCCGGACGCGGGUUGUCAUCUGGGAUAUCAACAAGGAUGCGCUCAAAGGCACCGCCGACGAAUUGCAGGCCGAGGGUUACUACUGUCACACCUAUCUGGUGGACAUCUCCGACCGGGAACAGGUAUACGAGGUGGCCAAGAAGGUCAAGCAGGAGGUUGGCAACGUGGACAUUCUAAUCAACAAUGCCGGUAUUGUCGCCUGCCGGACGCUGUGGGACCUCUCGGACAAGGCCAUUGAGAGCACCUACGCCGUUAACAUCUUAUCGCACUACUGGACGGCGCGAGCCUUCCUCCCGGAAAUGAUGAAGUCCAACAAGGGGCACAUUGUGACCGUUGGAUCGGUUGCUGGACUGCUCGGAACCUACGGAUGUACCGAUUACAGUGCCACCAAGUUUGCUUGCGUCGGAUUCCACGAGGCACUAUUUACGGAAUUGAGGACCCACGGUUACGACAAUAUCCACCUGACGCUGGUCUGCCCGUACUACAUCAACACCGGAAUGUUUGCCGGAUGCAAACCACGCCUGCUGCCCAUGUUGGAGCCCAAAUACGUCGCCGACAGUAUGGUCAAGUCCAUUCUGAAGAACGAAGUCAACUGCACCCUGCCGGACAAUGUACGCGUGUUCUUGCCCCUGAAAUGCCUGCUGCCGGCCAAGGUCUGCUGGGAGAUGAUGAGCCGCAUCAUGAAGGGCCCCCAAACGAUGAUGGGUUUCCGUGGCCGGGGAAAGGCUACCGCUGGUUAGGUGUCCAAAAAACGAACGAAAGGGUGGGUCUUUCUUUUAUUAAAUUAUUGCAGAAGGCUGCUGUUUAACGAUUACGGAAUUUUUCGCCUCUGACGUUGACGAAGAUGCUCAAAAUUUUAUUUUGAUUUUUUUUAUAUAAAACUAUUUAUAAUAAACAAUUCAGAAAAGAUUCUUUUCUUCAUACGAAAAAAUGCAAUUUUAAUUUUGAAGCGUGCUCCAGAAAGUAUGAACAGGAAUUUCAAACAAAAAUAUAAAAUAAAAUUGUCUACAAACGAAGUGCUUUUAUAAAAGGUAACACUUGUUUAUAUUUUAUAUUUUCAAAAUUUUGCUUUUAUCCUAUACUCUAAACAUGAUCAUUGUUCAUACCUUCCGGAAAAUUACAUAACAUAAAAAUGCCUACAAUAUUAUUUACUGUUUUUAGCGGGUAAGACAAAAUUGUAACUACUUUAAAAUUUAAAGUAUUUCCAAAUAAACGAUAUUUUUCGAAACUCUUA